AUGAAGUCUUCUAGUAAACCGUUUCGGCGGCUUCUUGUCGCCAACAGAGGCGAAAUCGCCGUCCGCAUCAUCCAAGCCGCUCGCGAGCUUUCCCCUCCUUUAGAGGUGUUUGCUAUAUAUACGGAUGAUGAUCGCUCUCACUGCGAAAUCGGUCAUCCCGAUCGGGCUUUGCUCAUCCCGUCUGUGGCUACAUAUCUGGACAUCUCGUUCUUAGUCCGUCUGUCUCAGGAGCAUGCAAUUGACGCUGUGCACCCUGGAUACGGCUUUCUGAGCGAAAGUGCCGACUUUUCCGCUCACAUGCAGAAUGCUGGGAUUGCCGUUGUAGGGCCCGGGAGGGAGGCUCUGGCUCGUACAAGCAACAAGCUUCAAGCAAAACAACUAGCUAUAGAGUGUGAUGUCCCUGUUUUGCCAGCAAUGGCGCAGCCCACUGCAGAUAUAGCAAUGGUUCAAGCCUUCGCAAAGCAAGUCCAGUAUCCUGUCAUUGUCAAGGCAGUUGAUGGUGGUGGUGGGCGAGGAAUACGGCUUGUGCGACAGGACGACCAGUUGGAGAGAGCGGUCCGGGGAGCGGCCAAUGAGUCGCCGUCGCAGACUGUCUUCGCGGAGAAAGCAGCCGUGACCGGAUUCCGCCAUAUAGAGGUGCAGAUCUUAGGCGAUGGGGCAGACGUGUGCCAUCUGUGGGAACGCGACUGCAGCAUACAACGGCGCUUUCAGAAGGUGGUUGAGCAGGCACCAUCGUUGAUCAACAACCGAAUUCUCGUGCAGCAAGUAGUGGAUGCGGCAUUACGGAUGGCUAAAACUAUCCGUUACCGAUCUCUGGGGACCGUUGAGUUUCUGGUCAAUGAACAGCAAGGAGAAUUCUAUUUCCUUGAGAUAAACCCCCGUCUACAAGUGGAACAUACCAUCACCGAAGCUAUUACCGGUGUGGAUCUCGUACAAGCACAGCUGCGGCUGGCUCAAGGGUACACUCUUGCACAGCUUGGUAUUCCGGCUGCGCAAUCGGCUACCCCCCGCCUACAUUCGAUCCAGCUCCGAUUAUGCGCCGAAGAUCCACGCAAUCAAUUUGCCCUGAGCAUAGGCAAAGUGAGCGAGUUGGUCGUUCCCGGCGGUCAUGGGGUUCGACUUGAUACCCAUGUUGGUACAACAGCAACAGGCCCUGUUGUGGUAGGCGCGCAGUUAGAUAACUUGCUGGCCAAAAUUAUUGUCACGGCAUCUACCCGAGAGGGGGCAGUGCUCAAGGCUCGACGAGUACUUGCAGACACAAGAGUAACCGGUGUCCGGACUAACUUGGAAUUACUGCGAGGAAUCGUCAGCCAUGAAGACUUCGUCGCUGGUAGUAUAGACACACAAUGGCUGGAAACCAGCCUGGAACAAGUACUGCAACGAGGGGCGGUUCGUAUCCAGCAGCCCACACAGGGGCCCCGUCCCUCUACGCUGCCCAGUAUACCUUCUUCAACUCUGUUAUUUCGGCGGGGAGAUGCAUGGUCUAUCAGCCUUGCGCCAGUCGACUCACCUGAGCAGUCACAGCCACAUCAGCAUCAUCUCCAGCUCACACGCGUGCUCCGGAACGACUUCCCAACCUCGCUUGCCGCAGAGAUCAAGUACCAGACACCCACCUUUUCCACGGUCUAUCGACUACAGCUGGCAGCUACCUCAACCGCAGCAUCUGCUCUCCUCUCAUCGUCGCAUCGGCGUGGAGAUCUGAGCAAUCCACAACAUAUCGUCCUCCCUCUGUCUGGAAAACUCACUGAAGUCCUUGUUUCUGCCGGGGAUACAGUGGCUGAGAACCAGGUGAUAGCAUUCGUGAAGCAGAUGAAGAUGGAAGUUGAGGUGCGCAGUCCGCGGGCGGGCCGAGCACAAUGGGUGUAUGAGAUGGAUGAUGAAGAGGAGGAUGUAGCGGAAGGGAUGCUGUUGGUUGAGUUGACCGACGGGUUGCAAGGGAAAUUGUAG